AUGAUAUUGUCACGCUUAGCAUUUUUGACAAUUCUUUUUUUAAGUUGCCUAUGUGAUAAUGCUACUGAGCAAGUAACUAGACAGGCAAUAAGAGAGCAAAUAAUGCCCUGUUUGGAAAACACCAGUACUGAGGCUGUAGUUAAUUAUUACGCCAACUCAGUAUUUAUAUACUUAAAGAAUGACGAAAGUUUUUCUCCAAAUUCGACACAUAAGGAACUAGCUGACUGCUUGCACAAUCGUACAGCGCCAGCGUCGGUACAAGUUAUCGAUGGGCCGAUCUCAGAAUCAUCCAAGUAUUACAACAUUGUUGGGCAGGGUGAGAGAGAUAACAGUUUUGACUACGAAAGCGAUGAUGCAACUGACAGUACGGGUGCAUCAAGUGAUUAUAGUACAGACCUCAACCAGGGGAUGGUAGCCAUAGGUGAUGAAUCUAAUGGAGUAAUGAGGCCCAUCAGUAACUAUAAAAGAGACAUACCGUAUGCGACGUUUCAUAGUAUAGGUGAUUGUGGUGGCGUCAUUAAGAAACUGGGCACUUUCAAAUAUAUUUAUCAGUCAGUACUACCAAACGCGAAUUCAAUUGUACACUGGAGCAUAUUUUGGUUGCGAAUUUUAAACAUUAACAGCAACUUUAGAGAAUGUUCCACCGAGUUUGUCAUUCGUUAA